AUGUCAUUCAAAACGGAUCAGAGACUACUUGUGUUUGAUAUGUCGGCUAUAGACACAAACUGGUAUAACAAAAACACCCGCACCUACAUUUGCUACUCGUGUGUCGAAGAUAUAACUGAGUGGGCCGAUUACGAUAGUGGAUUCACAACAUUUGAAGCGUUGGAAGAGUUGGGUCAACGGCCUGAGAUACGCCAGUUCAUGGUGACCAGGGACCUAGAUUAA